ACCCCCUAUUGAAUACAGGCAGAGCAGCAGAAAGAGAGAAGGGCUGAGCUGCGACGCUCAGUCACAGAGAGGCAGAGGUGUGAAUGAGUUAGGCAGAGGAAGAAAGGGAGCCUUGAAAAGUAAUAGCAGGUUUUCUGUUUCAUAUCGGUUGAAAGUGGGAAAAGAGAUUACAACAUAUCCGGUAGAGAGAAAAGAAAGGGAGAGUACCUUAUAAUUUCUUUUUAGAAGGCUUUGCCAUACUUCUCCACCCGAGCAAAAGAGUGCUGUUUUAGGGACACCGAGGACCCCGGGUCGCGAUGCUAAGGAUUUUGGUAACGUGCGUCUCCACGGUGUCCAUCAUCGGGAUGGUGGCCGGCGCUCGCGGUGGAUACGGAAUGAGUAUGUUCGCGGCUCAGUCCUCUCCCCCGGACCCGUGUUACGACGAGAACGGCAACCCCAGACGCUGCAUCCCCGACUUUGUGAACUCCGCGUUCGGGAAAGACGUGCGCGUAUCUAGCACCUGCGGCGCCCCGGCGUCGCGCUACUGCGUGGUGACCGAGAAGGGCGAGGAGAGAUCGAGGGACUGCAACAUCUGCGACGCCGCGGACCCCAAGAAGUCGCAUCCCCCCGCGUACCUGACGGACCUCAACAACCCUCACAACCUCACCUGCUGGCAGUCGGAGAACUACGUGCAGUACCCGCAAAACGUGACCCUCACGCUGUCCCUGGGGAAGAAGUUCGAGGUGACUUACGUGAGCCUCCAGUUCUGCUCUCCUCGCCCCGAAUCCAUGGCCAUCUUCAAAUCCAUGGAUUACGGGAAGACCUGGGUGCCCUUUCAGUUCUACUCGACCCAGUGCAAGAAAAUGUACAACAAACCGAGCAAAGCUGCGAUCACCAAGCAGAACGAGCAGGAAGCGAUCUGCACGGACUCGCACACGGACAUGCAGCCGUUAACCGGCGGCCUCAUCGCGUUCAGCACGCUGGACGGCAGACCCUCCGCGCACGACUUCGACAACUCUCCCGUCCUGCAGGACUGGGUCACGGCCACCGAUAUCAAAGUGACCUUCAACCGGCUGCACACGUUCGGGGACGAGAACGAGGAUGACUCGGAGCUCGCCAGGGACUCGUAUUUUUACGCCGUGUCCGACCUGCAGGUCGGCGGUCGGUGCAAGUGUAACGGGCACGCGUCGAAGUGCGUCAAGGACCGCGAAGGGAACCUAGUGUGCGAGUGCAAGCACAACACGGCGGGACCGGAGUGCGACAGGUGCAAGCCGUUCCACUACGACCGGCCGUGGCAGCGCGCGACGGCACGAGAGGCCAACGAAUGCGUCGCCUGUCACUGUAACCUACAUGCCCGCCGCUGCCGCUUUAACAUGGAGCUGUAUAAGCUGUCGGGCCGCAGGAGCGGAGGAGUCUGUCUCAACUGCAGACACAACACAGCCGGACGGCACUGCCACUACUGUAAAGAGGGCUACUACAGAGACAUGACCAAGGCCAUCUCGCACAGACGCGCCUGCAAAGCCUGUGAUUGUCAUCCGGUUGGUGCAGCUGGUAAGACCUGUAACCAGACGACCGGACAGUGCCCGUGUAAAGAUGGCGUGACUGGCAUCACCUGCAACCGCUGCGCUAAAGGAUACCAGCAAAGCAGAUCACCCAUCGCCCCCUGCAUCAAGAUUCCUGUUGCUGCACCCACAGCCACCUACAGCAGUUCAGAAGAGCCCACAGACUGCGACUCCCACUGUAAGACUCCCAAGGGCAAGAUGAAGGUCACCAUGAAAAAAUACUGCAAAAAAAGAUUUCUUGUAGUGCUGACAGCUUAUUCAGAGGCUAAAGGUUUAUGUUAUAGCAUCAAAGCGUGUGAACCAGCAGGCUUUCUCCAGAUGGACACGCUCAAAGUGCCUCAGCAGCAUCUAGAGGACAAAGGGGACAGCUGGUUCCUGUUGAAAGAGAGAUUUCACAGGGUGCAGUAUAAAUGCAAAUGCCAGCCAGAAGCAGAAUCUGUAAAUUCGAUCUGCGCGCAGGUCCUCUACGGCUGUCUGCAGAGUGGAGAGAAAGAUGAGAGAAAUCCCUCACCUUCUAGCUUCUUUUCUCUUCACAUUGUCAUGACGGAGAAGAAAGUGGUCUCAUCCCAUUCAGCCGAUCUAAUGGAGUUUUGGAGACGGAUGGCUUUGCUGGCUCAGUGCCGUGUGGCCUCAUGCAAAAGAGGGUUUAACUCGGCAGAUUAA